UUCUCUUUUUUUUUUUUUUCAUGGGCGAAUGAAAGUUUCUUUACGAUCGGUCGCAGCAGAGACCUGCGAAACUGCAGACUCCCUUUGCGGCUGUUAUCGGGAAUGCGCCUUCGUGGCGCAGGACACGAGGCAAAGGAUACUGAAAUAUCGUCAAGCCCCAACCGACGAAUCGGUAAGAUUUUCUGUCGCGAACCGUUUCUGCCUGAAUCGAAAAAACCACCUCGCGUUAUCUUCAUUCAUAGUCUUACGAUGCUCCGAAUAGCCUUCUAAGGAAACCUUUGUGAAAGGUUAUUUUUUUAAUUUACCUUGGACGAGAAUGAUUCGAUUGUUUCGCAAUGCUUGAAGGGCCAAACUGAUGAUGACGAGAGAAUUUUUCAAAUGAAUCUCUUUCAUUAUUUUGCGAUCUGAGUGAUUCUAUUCUCCUUUUUUUUUUCACACGAUGUGUUUUUCGUUUUAUUUUAAAUGAACUUCGAAGUAAGUUUCGUCGUUUUGAAAUACUUGCGCGAGAGUAAUUAUCCUCGAUUAGUUAGAACUACGAAAUUACUUUAUAUUUUUGUAGGCAACUGUUAGAGACGUGCAGUCGCUCUUUCUUUUCUAA